GAACCGAAGAGAAAGAUCUUCACCUGGAAAUCGAUGGCGUCAAGUUCAACAAAUUUCGGUUACUCAGAUCCGGACGGGAAAUUACAAAGUACAACGAGAUCCUCUCCACACACAUCAAGAAGAUCGGGAGAAUCUGAAACUGACAUGGAAAGACAAUCCCGGUCGAGUGCUGCUUUAUACUAUAGGGACGCCAAAAAGGAUUCCUGUAGUACUACAAGAGGAUGCAUGUUUAUAAUUGGAUGUCUCUUAGCGUUUGUUUUAAUAGGCCUUAUCAUUGCAGUUAUCAUUUUAGCUUUACAAGCUAGUGGACAGAUAUCAUUCAAUGCACCUCAAAGUCAGGUUGGAACAGCUCAAAUAGGAGAGUCGGAAAUCAAGGCAAGCUUCAGAAUAAAAAAUUUAGAUUACGACAUCUAUAAAAACAAAAAAUUCGAUGAAUUGGAAAAUGAUGUUUGCUUAACAGUAAAAAAUUCUAUAGAGACUAGUUUCAUAAAGAAGUCGUUCAAAGGAUGUUCUUUUGACGAUAUUCGGUCAGGGAGUGUGAUUGUGGACUUGAGUUUAAAGUUUGUUGAACUAGAUGAAGAAGAUCAAGAAGAUGCAAAGAAGCUAAUAUUCGAUGGUAUUCUGAACCUAGGAAACCUGCCAACCACACAUUACGAGAUUGAUACAAAUAGUAUAUCUGUAAAUGGAAAACUCAUCGAAUCGAAAGAAAUGACAACACCACCAGUUUUGAAACCGCCGACGACUCAAGUCACAACAACCAGAAAAGAAACUGUUAUUACAGCGGCUCCAACAACAACCGAAACUCCACCAACACAAUCCCCAACAAAGGCUCCUACCUCACAAGCUGUUCCAACAAAAUCUACAACAACAAAAGCUCCUACAACAAAAACUUCCACAACAACAGAAACUCUUUCAACACAACUUCCAACAAAAGCUCCUCCAACAAAAACUCCCACAACGCAAGCUCCUUCAACUCAAGCUCCAGCAAUAACAACAGUACCCACUACGUCUACACCAAGCACAACGACAACUACAUUCCCCCCAGUUACAACUACAAUCAACAAUGACAUUGUUGGACUAAAUUGCGAUUUUGGGGUGGAUCAGUGUGAGUAUAGUCUUGUGGACGGGGAGAAAUUUAAAUGGGGAUUCGAGAAUCUAAAAACUGGUACAGCCAACACUGGACCUGACAAAGGCCAUACAGCUAACACUAAGGAUGGAGAUCAAUAUAUUUUCUUGGAAGCAUCGUCCGUACCCGAUGAUGAUACUGCAUAUAUGGUGAAGCGUGUAGACCUGAGCAGACCAUAUUGCCUAAUUUUCUAUUAUUCUAUGUUUGGUGACCAUAUGGGAUCAUUAUCUUUGAAUAGUGUAAGAAAGUCUGAUAACCUCACCCAGGAGCUGUGGAAGAUGGAAGGAGAUCAGGGUAAAGGUUGGCAUCUUGCUAGUGUAACCCUUCCUGCCGGGGGAUAUGAUGUAGAAUUCAUGGGUAUGCGUGGACACUCCUAUAGGUCAGAUAUUGCCUUAGAUGACAUCACUGCUCACAUUGAUGCAUGUUCUUCAGAUAAUUUCACUUGUGACUUCGAAGGUGGUGGGCUAUGUGGUUGGCACAUACCAUAUGGUGUCAUCGAGAGAAAACAGGGGAUAGACACAACAUUAAGAAAUGGAUAUGGUCAUCUAGUAGAAACAGCGGGUCCAGUUCUGAUUAACUCACCACCGAGUAAUCAGGGACCCUUUAUGAACAAGCUCAGUCGUUCUUGCAUGAGCUUCACAAUAAGAAUGGUGUCUGGGUCCGUGACCAGAAUAUAUCAAAUAUUCAAGGGCGUAGAUGGAGAUGGAAAUUUAGUUUUGAACAAGAGGGAGUUUUGGAAUGCGCAUAAUCUUUUACCUGGUGCUUGGUAUAAGGCAGAAGUUGAAAUAUUACCAGGGGAGUUCUAUGUAGAGAUGGAUAUCGGUGGAGCUGGUUUUGGUUUGGAUGACAUACGAAUAAUAGAUGGCACUUGUGCAUUUCAAGAUUGUAAAGAUGGCAUGUUCAGAUGUGAAGGAAGCAACAAAUGCUUACCAAAUAAAUUGAAAUGUGAUCACAUCUAUGACUGCAGCUCUCAUUCAGAUGAGGUUAAUUGUCCUAGACCAUCUAAUGAAAUAUUUCAUUGUGACUUUGAAUCGCCCACACAACCAGACUGUGGCCUAUUUAUUGAACCAGCUGACCAAACUUACGUAAUUGCUGAUAUACAAGGAUUAAAACCGCCUGGGGGCGAGGGGGCAACUCCAGGACCUAUGCGGGAUGUUACAAAAUCUGGAGGAUACUACUUGUAUGGUGAACUAACUAAAAGUGGAUCUGACUACAUUUACAUAACUCUUCCUCAAUUUAGCAACUUAGAUGGGGAAACUUGUCUUUCCUUUCAUAUCAGCAAAACAAUUGCAUCCAGGAGUGGGAGAAUCAAUGUGUUUGAUUUGGGAACUGGCGAGCAGGUUGCGAAAGGAUCAUACGCAUAUGUUCAAAGGUUAAAAUGGUCUAAAAUUGCAUUUGAUAUCAAAUCUGGUGUGUCACAGCUGAAACUACGUUUCUCAAAUUAUGAUAUGCCUACUCAUAUCGAUGAAAUCACUUUAUCAAAAGGCAAAUGUGAAGGUCUUAAGUUUCGGCUUUAUGGAGGUUCAAAGAAGAACGAAGGUGUAGUUGAAGUCGGUAACGGACAAGGCCACUGGGGUCCUGUUUGUAUAGGGGAUCCAGAAAUAUUAAGCCUUGCUAGAGUUGCCUGUAAAACACUCGGAUAUCAACAAAGUGGGAGUGGCAAACUGAUCGAAGAUGCUAAAUGGAAGCCUUCCACCGAUGAUUUCUUCUACUCAGUAUUUUGGUGCAAUGGUAACGUCCAUACGUUGGCAACAUGCGAGACCUCGCUCAUUCAAGAAUCAUCAACCUGCCCAUAUGGCUAUAUGAAACUAACGUGUGCUGAAGAGCCAGUGGGUAUGAGGCUUGUUGAGGGUGGAAGACCAGAAGAGGGAAGAUUAGAGUUGUAUCACAAUAACACAUGGGCUCCUGUAUGUCAUACAAUGUUCAAUGACCAUGCAGCUGCAGUAACAUGUAAACAAUUGGGACUUGAAACUGAAGGGGCAACUUACCAACCCCAGUCCCUCUAUGGUGCUGGUGACUACGUGGCAACCAGCGUCAGUGAAGUACAAUGUGACGGUACAGAGUCCUCUAUUAACGAAUGUUACAUGUGUAUAGCUCCUGAUUGUGAACCCCAAAGGCCCGAAGAAUGCAGAAAUGAGAGAAGUUCUAUUGGUAUAAAAUGUGGGAUAACAAAAACUAACGUUGAUGUGAUAGAAACGAUCGAGCAUUGCACAUUUGAACAUGGUCUCUGUGGCUAUAGAAAGGACGAACCAACAAUGUACCAUUGGGCAAUCCACCUUGGGCUCACACAUUCGUUUGAAACCGGACCCUUGUACGACCAUACUACAGGGAAAGGACAUUACAUUUAUGCCGAGGCCAGUUCCCUUGCAAAAGCGGGGGAUAAGGCUCGCCUCAGAUCGGCGUUCAGGACAUUCACAAAGCCCAAAAAACUAACCUUCUUUUACCACAUGUACGGAGGAGGUAUCGGUUCCUUGAUGGUAGCCCAGAUGGACAGACAAGGAAACAUAAAGUCUAUGUGGAUAAAAAAGGGAGAAGUAAGUCAGGAUUGGCAGUUUGGGUCCUUAAUGCUUGUCCAGGAAGAGACUGAAAUUGUCAUCGAAGUAGUGAGAGGUAUAGAUUACCGAGGAGAUAUUGCAUUGGAUGAUAUAUCCAUAAUGGAUGCUGAUCACCCUGAUCCUCCAAUGUGUAAUGCAUUUGAGUGUGCCAAUCAGCGGUGUGUACCCCAACAUUAUGUGUGUAAUAACAAAGAUGACUGUGGAGAUGGUACUGACGAACACCAUUGCAAUUGUUCAAGUGAAGAAUUCAAGUGCUCGGAUGGUACUUGUAUCCAUAAAUUUUACCGCUGCGAUGGUAUAGCUGGAUGUAGUGAUGGGUCAGAUGAGAUUGGUUGUGUGUGUACCGGCGACGAAUUCCAGUGUGGUAAAGGGGGAUGCAUCCCAGACACAAAAAAAUGUAACAGAAUUGCCGAUUGUAUUGACGCCUCUGAUGAAAUAGGUUGCGACUGCACCCAUGGGUUUACUUGUGCUAAUAACCAAUGUAUACAUAAAAAUCUGAAAUGUGACAGACACAAUGAUUGUAUGGAUGGAUCAGAUGAAUUGAACUGUGCUGUACCUUGCAGUAGUGACAGUCAACACCAAUGUGGCGACGGUCUAUGUUUAGAUGCAGCCAAAGUAUGUGAUGGUUCUUUCGACUGUGUCGACUUGACUGAUGAAUAUGGGUGCACUUGCACUGAAGAUCAGUUCAGAUGUGAUAGUGGUCACUGUAUAGCCAACGACUUGGUAUGUAACGGGAAAGUGGACUGCUUCUUAGGUGAUAGUAUUGAUGAGCAAGUUUGUCAAUGUGGCGAAAAUGAAUUUAUGUGCGACAACAACGUAUGCGUGGGUGCUGACGCUUACUGUAAUUUAGGUUCUUACAGUGUUAGGAACGAUUGUGGAGACUACUCAGAUGAAUCGCCAGGUUGUGGCUACUAUCCAGAAUGGCACUUCAAGUGUUCAUUUGGCAAGUUUAUCGACAAGGCUUUGGUUUGCAAUGGUGUAAGCGACUGUCACGAUGGGGAGGAUGAACUCCAGAAUUGCACAUGUCGCGAUAACGAGUUCAAGUGUUCACAUGGUCAGUGCAUACGGGAAGAGUUGAGAUGUGACGGUAGACAUGACUGUAAGCAGGCAGAUUACAGCGACGAGGAAGGAUGUGGAGAUAAUGUUUGCGAGGGAAAGUUCUUGUGUGGCAAUGGCAGAUGUAUCUCCAACUAUUUGGUUUGCAACAAGGAAGACAACUGCUUUGACGAGUCAGAUGAGAGCAACUGCACAUGUACCGAUGACGAGUACCAAUGCAAGAACUCUACACGUUGUAUUAAGAGAGAGUGGCUGUGUGACAGUAACAAGGACUGUCCCUCAAACGACGAUGAGGACGGAUGCUCAGUUUGCAUGACUGAUGAGUUCCCCUGUGAUAGUGGAGACCAGUGCAUCCCAGAUGCUAACAGUAUCAGAUGUGAUGGAAUUAUUCAUUGCAGGGAUGAAUCGGAUGAACACCUUUGCUUUCAGAAUAGCAAGGAGACGGUGGAAGUCUACUACCAAGGUCAGUGGACACCAAUAUGUAAAGACUCGGCAUACAGUGAUACUAUUGGGAAUAUGAUCUGCCAUCUUUUAGAUAAAGGACCUAUGGUAUCUUCUAUUAGUGUUCCAAGGACUACUGAUCUGGUCAUACUGACCUCAACACCAAAGCAUCACUAUCUCAUCCCUUCGUCGAGACCCGGUUGCACACAGGCACUUGUAAUCGAAUGCGAAGAUAAAGGAAUCUGCGGUACUAGAUCUCCAAAGUUGAGCUACUUCCUGCCGUUUGUCGUUGGUGGCGAUAUAGCCGCCACUGGGGCUUGGCCCUGGCAGAUCUCACUGAGAGGGUGGAGCAUGCAUGACUGCGGAGGCAGUGUCCUCAACGAGAACUGGGUAGUCACCGCAGCUCAUUGUAUUGAUAAGACCGGUGGGUUGACUCCAAUAACUGACCCCAACAUCCUUUCCAUAAGAGCGGGGACUACCCAUAGACAACAACCCGAUCCCAACGCUCAGUUAGUAGGCGUUGAGAAGAUGAUAGUACACCCAGGUUGGGACAAAGAACUCGGGACUGAUGAUGUGUGCUUGCUGAAGUUAAAGACACCCUUGGUACUCGGUGAUUACGUGAGACCUAUAUGUCUUCCAAAGGUGGAACAAAAUACAACAAAUCCACGAGAAUGUUACGUAACGGGGUGGGGAUAUUCAAAACCGCUCUCUCAAAGUGGAGGGAACGUCCUUGUGGAGAAUCUGAGACAGGGAAAACAGGUCCUCGUUGAUCAUGAAACAUGUCAGAAACUACAUGCUCCUCCACACAAGAAAGAAGUCGAACUGAUUCACCAGCAAAAGAUGAUAUGUGCAGGCUAUGAAGAUGGUGGUAUAGAUGCAUGCCAGGCUGACAGUGGUGGACCUUUUGUAUGCAAGAAUGAACAUGACCGAUGGACCCUGACUGGCAUAGUGAGCUGGGGAUCAGGCGAGUGUGCGUCCCCGAACAACCCGGGUGUUUACGCGAGGGUAUCUCACUAUGUUCCUUGGAUUCAGGAGACCAUGGCAAGACAUGACGCUAUAGACGAAUAGUCAGGCACUGGCUCUCAGGAAAGUGUUCAAUCAAGUUUAUAUGUUACCCAAAUUCGCAUUUCCACGCAAGGAAAACUGAGAGUAGUUGUGUGGAUCCAUGAAAUAAGUAUCUCAAGACAGCAUUUGAUGAUGUUUGGAUACAUUCUACAGUUAUUAUUGGUUUAUUAUCCUCAGGUGGAAUACAUCGUGACUCAAACAAGACAUAGCGUCGAGGAUAUACUAACAAUUAGACUAGCCAACAAAGCCCGUGUGGGUAUAAAAUUUCUCCAAAAUUUGGACAAGCUGUAGUUCACAAAUACUGGUUUUCCUGACUAAGUUAAUAUGAUAUUAGAUCAACAAUGUCAUGAUAAACUUACGUUGCAUAAUAUAAUAUGUAUUGAAUGUGCUAACCAGUGUCUCUUCAUAAAAUGUAAAUAUUUUAAAUAAGUUGUAGGGCUUUUGUACCAUCUAACAUUUAGAUUUUUGUUUAGAUGCUGAAUAAUCGUGCUACUUCGUUCAAAUAUUUUCAAACCCAGAGAAUCUGUCUGACACGUUAUGUUUUUCAAUGUCUUGGGGCUGGCAAUUCAUUGUAGGCUAUGUU